GAUCAUUUGAACUAUUUACAUACGUCAUAGCUAAAUAUAGAUCGCACAGGGCAUAAAUAGAAGGAAAAUAUUGCACAACGGUUUAAAAUAUCCAGCAACGUGGAGGAGAACAGACGCUAAAGAAUAAAUUGAACCAUUAUGCUAGACAAGGGCCUCUUGUACCCAUCAGUAGACAACAUGGCGAAAACGGAUUACUAUACCAAUUCUUCCCAGGAUAGUCUAAUGGACGCUGCUCUGGUUGCCUUGGACACAGGAGAGAUGACCCCACUGGUCAAGGAAGAGCUUAAACUGACCAUACAGUCGCGCCGCCUAGCGGCCGGAAUGGGAGAAUUAACGGUCAAUUUCGAACCCCCAACACAAUCUGAGCUAACAGAGGAGGAAAAAGAAAAGGUAGACCGGAGACGUGAACAAAACAGACUGGCGGCCCAGCGGUUCCGACAGAAGCAGAAAACGACAGGAGAACGAGUUCAAAAGAAGGUGCGGGGUCUGGAGUCGGACAACACGCGCCUGAGGGCGGAGUUAAGGAUUCUCCAGACGGAGAGAGACGAGCUCAGAAAGAGGCUGGAGGAUCACAUGAGGACCUGUCCCGGGAAUGUCCUCUACGUGCUCAACAGGUGACGAAUCAACGCUGCCCCAUCAGUCAUUCUCAUACUCCCAAUAUGAAGAAAAACAAACAAAACGAAAAAAAACGUGUGACGGAAAGUUACCCUGCUUAUUAGAGGUUGUGUUUAUAGGUCGAAAAAAAAAUUCAACAUUUUAUAUAAGUGUUGUUAGGUCGACUUUAUUCAUAGUGAUACAUACAUAUGAGGAAUUAUAACAACUUUUGAAAACCUCAGAAUAAAAAAAGAAGUAGAGCGUAUAGCUCAAGUUGUGGCCUCAUCUAUAGGUACAUUUCAUUGAAAUAUGUUUUACCUCAUCCGGAUAUAUGUACAGUCAUGGUGAUCGCUGUAUGAAGUUGUGAGACAGUUUCAUCUGAUCAUAUUGUAGACAUUGUGAUUUUACAAACACGUGCAUUUGACUGUGUUCCACAGGUGAAUAUGACUAUAAUAUGUAUCAUGUAAAGCUAUACAUGCUAUACUUACAUUUGCACUGAUACAGGAAAAAAAGGUUGAAACUUAUGAAUAUUGUGUGUUGUGUUUU